AUGGGGGCUACAGCUAUGCAAAGCCCUUGUAAAAGAGCCAAGCGCCAUAAUGAGCAGUUUCAGGAGCUGUGGAAGCCCGUAGUACGAGCCACCACACAAAUGGAGUGCGAGUCUUCCAGCCACUCGGGCAGAGAGACCCAGAUCAAAGAAGUACGAAGGGGUGCUCUGUUAUGGUUGGGAAGGCCAAUUAAGGUGCGCAUCCCUCUCCUUCCAGCUGGCAAAGUCUCAGGUGCCUGGGAUUAUGCACUGUUGCUGCAGGCCGGCCAUGGUGCUCGAGGGGUGGCCCUCCGGUAUGGCAUGGCUCGGCCGAGCCAUCUGCAGCUCACCCUCGGCCGAGGGGACCGAUCGGACAGCCUGCCGCAUGGUUUCUGGGCGCCUGCCUUCGCGCUGGGGAGCGAGGUCGGGCUGCGGGCCUGCUGCUCCCUGUCCGCAAAGGCAGCCUGCGGUCGCCAAGCUGGGGCUGCCCCUGAGGAGGUCCAGCUUUCACAGCUGCUGAGCACAUCGCCUGCUUUCAGGAAAAAAGGCAAUGCCAACCCUAGCCUAACGGUUAUGAGAUACAUAAGAGAGAAGGGUGCAUUCCUCACUUUUUCCGCCUCAGAGGUGAAUUCUGUGGCUUUGGGGCUGAGUUGUGUGAAGGCAGAAGGGGUGGCUGCCGUUCAGUCCCCGGCAGGUGGCACAUGUGAGGUUAUCCAGGCUGUCUUCUUCGGGAUCUGCGUCUUGACUGACCUGUCGAGUCUUCUCACUAAAGGAAAUGACAGUCAAGAGCAAGAGAGGCAGCUGAAAAAACUCAUUUCCCUCCGUGACUGGGUGAUGGCUGUUUUAGCUUUCCCUGUUGGAGUGUUUGUUGUGACGAUGUUUUGGAGCAUCUAUAUCUAUGACAGGGAACUGGUUUACCCAAAGCUGCUUGAUAAUUUCAUACCAGCAUGGCUAAAUCAUGGAAUGCAUACGACAGUUUUGCCCUUUGUAUUAAUCGAGAUGAGAACAACACAUCAUCAGUAUCCCAGCAGGAGCUGUGGACUGGCUGCAGUGUGCACCUUCGCGGUUGGCUAUAUUUUAUGGGUGUGCUGGAUUCACCAUGUUACAGGAGUGUGGGUGUACCCGCUUCUUGAGCACCUCAGCCCAGGUGUCAAAAUAAUCUUUUUUGCAGCUGUUACUGUAAUAAUUAAUGUAUUCUACUUGGUGGGAGAGGUCCUGAACAACUACAUCUGGGAUACCCAAAAAUGUAUUGAAGAAGGAAAAGAAAAGCCAAAACUGGACUGAACGAUAGAGGCAACAUGGAGGAUUGUUUAUGGCUCCAUGGAAGAUUUCUCAUCCCCGACAGAGGUUGGCAUGGAGAGGAAUCUUUUGGAAAGAAGGAAGUUUAAUGGGCCCUCUGCUCAGUGCAAUGAUAUUUUUGGGAUUUUAAAUUGAGGGAAAAUGAUUUUAGCUAAGAAUAAUAAUGUUUGAACCUCCAUUCCUGUUUCUCUGUGCUUGCAUGUGACAUACACAUACAAGAUGUAUAUUUAUCUCCAUGGCAUUCUCAAUGUGCGUUUCUUACAUCAAAUAAGUCAUUAAAUCAUUAAGUCAUUAAAUCUUUUCACUUCCGCCAAGAAGACCGAUGAGUCCAUUCGCUGUAUUGUUUGAGAAAAGCUUAACCAGAUAGGUCUAAUAUGGGAAAACAAAAUAAUCCUUUAUAUUGAAAGUACAGUGUAAAAAUACAGUAGAAGUUAAUUGCAUGAAUGUAUCCGAAGAAGAAUUCAGUCUGACUGAAAUAUUAAUGUAAGACUAUGUAACAGCUGCCUUAAACCAAUGAUGUUAAUAAUUUUAUCAGUCCAGUAAAAUCUUAUUUGCGGUGUUUGACUAUCUGAAUAUGAU